GCUACAAGUGCUGUCCUGGGCAGGGCUCAGGUUGUUUCCGGGGGAGAACACGGCAGAGAAGACUGAAAGUUCAAAGCGACAUCGAUGACAAAGAAGGAACAGCUAGAACGCAGAGGGACCACCCGGCCCAUCCCCUAGGCCUUGAUCUCCCCCUCCACCUGCGGAGCCUGGUGACCCGGCAGGGUUCUAGUGCUGCCGUUUUGCCGGGGAACCUUGGGGCGGAGACCAUCGCCCGCUCAGGACACCAUGACCGAGCUUGGGCCCGAAGGACAGAACUAUACCACCACUACUGUGAUAGACAGCAAAAAUGGAUCUGUGCCCAAAUCACCUGGAAAAGUGCUGAAAAGAUCCGUCACAGAAGACAUAGUGACAACCUUCAGCUCUCCAGCAGCCUGGCUUCUUGUGGCCGCCCUGAUUGUGACCUGGUCGGCUGUUGCUGUGGUGAUGUUUGACUUGGUAGAUUACAAGAACUUUUCAGCCAGUUCUGUUUCCAAGAUCGGCUCCGACCCCCUACGAAUCAUAAAUGAGGCGGUAGAAGAAACCACUGACUGGGUCUAUGGAUUUUUUUCUUUGCUGUCAGACAUCAUAUCCUCCGAUGGAGAAGAAGAUGAUGAAGAUGACAUAAAUGAUGAAGGGGAAAUAGAACCUCCCUCGAAAGACAAAGAAAUUCACAAGGACAAGUCUGAAAAGCAGGAGAAACGCGAAAAGAAACCACCACACAGAGUGACUCCCAAAGACAAGCCGGAAAAGAUAGUCCACAGGGCACCACCCAAAGUAACACCAAAAGAAAAACUUGAAAAAGAAAAACCAGAAAAGAAAGCAGCUCACAAAGACAAACAUGAGAAGGAAGAAAAACGAGAUGUGAAAACACUUGCCAAAGAGGACAAGAAAUCGAAGAGUUUGAAAGCCGAAGAAAGGUCUAAAAGGGAAGUGAAGGUUGGAAAAGUGGAGAAAGUAAAGCAGACUGAAGCAAAGGCCAAAGAAACAGAGAAAACACCAGCCAAAUCUAAAGGGAAGGAUGACAAGCUGGCCACUGCUCUAGACAAGGCUGAAAAGAAAGGUAAAGAUGGGCAGGAGAAAGCUAAAGAAGAUUUGAAAAGAAUAGCGGGAAAGAAGCAGAGACUGUGAAAUUUAAGGAUGGCCGAGACCAAAAGUCAAAAGAAAGAAAAAAGAAAGAACAAUACAAAUACAUCUCUACUUCCUCCAGAAAGUCAGUAGAUGGAACCCACAUUAGCCAGGAGCUUAAACUUUGCAACACAGUGAUUGGGAGGUGAUUUUGAGGCUAAAGAUUCAUUUGGAAUAUGUUUCCAAGAGAAAGUUAGAAGCUGAAGUUGUGGUAGAAAUUUGAUGGGGACUUUGGAAUUCUUACUCUAAUAAGAAUAAGUAUGCAGGUAUGUCCUUUCCCCACUGUUUUCUCUAAAUGGUCUAAUUAAAAUGAAAGGCAGCCAUGCAGAAUACUGGCUACCAAAAUUAGAGUAACUCAGAGUAAUCUGUUUUACCCAGCCGCAUUUUCUAUUUUUUUCCAAUUCUGCCACUGUGAUUUCCUGAAAAACAUAGCAACUGCCCAUUCAUUAUUUUUGUUUAAUAAGGAGCCCCAUCCAUGUGCAAAGUCAUAUCUAGAAAAUAUAUUAACUUCAUAAAUUAGUAACACUAAUAUCAGGAGUCAGAGGAGUCUAGUAACCACUAAACAGAGAGAGAUCUUAGGCAGACUUGAUUUAUUGGCCUAAAUUUUCCCAUAUAUAAAAUGGAAGAUAACUCGGUCUUCACCCUCUCCAUAUGGCACGUCCAUAGUGAGGAUAAAUAUGUGAAGCUUUGCGCCUCCUGGAAAGAUCGCCCAUCCUAAAUGGCCACCAUUAAUUUUGCCUAUUCCCCAUCCCUUCUUUUACUAGCCUCCACAAUUUCCUCUCAGAUCCCUCACUCCUGCUUUCUUCAUUCUAUUCCUUUUAUUUAUCUCCCCAUCCAAACACACUGCUUUCCAUAUAACCAUUCAUUCAUUGAUUCAUUUAUUCAUUCUUUCAAAUAAUAUUGAUUGAACACUGUAUUGAGCACUGUAUUAAGCACUGGUGAAAAGUACAGUGGAGGAUAAAUGAUCCACGAUGCCGGGCCCAAAGAACAGCUCACAGUUGAAAAAUAAUGGGACAGAGGAGAUAGGGGCAACUGAGAAGCAAUAAUAACAACAAUUUUAUUAAUAACGAUCAUAAACGUAAAUGAUUAUCUUCCUAAUUUAAUGUCUUUUCUUUUGAGUUUUACUACAUCACAUUUUUUUAGAUGGAGGAUUCUUUUUGACUGAUUUUAGUUCAAUUCAAAGGCUAAAACUAGUGGGUAAAUUACAGGUGCCAUUACCUUGACAACUCAGAAAAUAACUAAUUCAAAAUCAGCAAAGCACUUUCUCUGGAAUAUUUAGAUGGGGAAACUUGUGAGGCAGAACAGAUUGAGGAGAUGAGCAGGUUCAAAAAGGUUACCCAUUAAAAUUUUUUUCUCAAUUUAUAUUAAAUCAAGUUUGAAAGUUUUAAACUCUGAUGUACUUAGGAGAGACCAAAAUAGUCAAUUUCUUUUUCUGUCGGUUCCUUGAGGCCCACCAGUUCCUGACUAUAACCUGCUUCAUCUGUUUCAACCACUCUUUUCUCAGUCAUAUCUUGGGCUGUCCCUCACUCCCUCAAAAUAAGCAACUGGGUAUUUUCAUGCUUGAGGCAUCUAGGAACUUCCAAUUUUCAAACUAAUGUGAAAUGAAAAAUAAAAAAAAGUUAAUUGAAAACAAAACUUGGAAAACAAUUCCAGCAUUACUACCAUUACUGACCUUAAACGCUCGUGGGUAUUUUUUUUUCUGGACAAGAGUAGGAAAAACAAUUCUGAGCAGAAGAUUGAUUAAUAUCCGUUACACAGAGGGAAAGAAAUAGUUUCUUUCCUGGCUGACUGAAAUUUUCAGAAAUGAGCAUUUUCCUGAUUAGCUUUCUUCAAGGCAUUUUUGAAUUUGGAUUUCCAAAUAGCCUUUUCGAAGGGACAAAAUAGAACGGGGAGGUGAUCUGAAAACAAUUAUGUAGCAAGGAAGCUUCCAGGCCCUCAACUUCCAGAUGAGAAAUUUAAGUUAGAGAUCUGCAAGGAUUUCAGGGGAAGGUUUAUUUGUGCCUGCCAAAUUGAACCGGUAAUGAUAAAAGAAGAGCCCCUAAGGUGAUGAUAUAAAAAUUUCCCUGGAAAAAUAUCUACUGUGGAUAGUCCAUUUGGAAAAUGUAUUCCAAAAUAGUGUUUAAUUGGUUUGGUUGCAGGGAAUGUGACGGCGUGUUUAAAAGAACGUAAUUUUCAUAUACUCUAGAUUCCUAGUCUAAAUUCUGGUUUUAAUUCUGAGAAAAAAAUAUUUCCAAUAAUAAUGAUAGUAUUUUGUUAAGCACUUACUAUGUGUCAAGCACUGUUCUAAGUGCAGGACUAGAUGCAAACCAAUCAGGUUGGUCAAAGUCCACGUUCCUCACGGGACGUUUAUUUUACAGAUGGAGUAACUGAGGCACCGAGAAAUUAAGUGAUUUGCCCAGGGUCAUACAGCAGACAUGUGGCG